AUGGCGGUGGUGACGCCGACGAUAGUGGUGACGACGGUGUCUCUGGUGACCAUCUCUCAAAAUCGAUGCGUCUGUGAAAAUUUUCACGCAGUUUCUGGGUUUCAGUGUGUGUAUGUGUAUUUUUUUUGUUAUAAGAAGUUCAAAACUGCUCCUCAAAAUCCCAUAAAUUUCACCGGAUUACACUUUCCUUGGAUAUAUUUGAAGAGCUUCUGCCAAAUACUAGAAUUUCCUGAGCAUUCACGUAUCACAUGGAUUCAAGGGAAAAUUGGUGGAAUCCCGAGUUCAUUGGUGAAGAAAAAGAGGGGUAGGCCAAGGAAAUACGGUCCAGAUGGGGUGCUGGCUGGUGGCGGCGGCACAUUGUCACCACUUCCCAUCUCCGCCUCUGCUCCGCCUGGUUCCGGUGGUGGGUAUUCUGAUGUAAAAUUUGGUGAAGGGGAAGGAAGUGGCGGAGGCAGCUUUGUGGUGGAGAAGAAGAAGAAAGUGAAAAUGAAUUCUUCCGAGGGCAAGUUAAAGAAUAGUUACGGGAGUAUGGAUUUAGGCGACAGGAUUUCAUCUGGUGGGAGUUUUACUCCUCACAUGGUCACUGUUAAUCCGGGCGAGGAUGUUACCUCUAAAAUAAUUUCGUUCACAAAAGACGGGCCCCGGUCAAUAUGCAUUUUAUCGGCGGUUGGUGUCAUUUCACAUGUGACUCUGCGCCAUGCCGGUUCAUCUUCAUCUGGAGGCACCGUAACAUAUGAGGGAAGAUUUGAAAUACUUUCAUUAUCCGGAUCUUUCACAAGUGGGGAGAUUGAAGGGCAAGAAAGUAAAAUAAGCAUAGCUUUAUGUAGCCCUGAUGGCCGUGUGGUUGGGGGUCAACUUGGAGGACUUCUCACAGCCGCUGGUCCUGUUCAGGUGGUGGUGGCGAGUUUUCUACCAAACAUAGGCAGUCCAAUUGACCCAAAACCAAAAAAACAAAAGACCAUUGUUGCCCCUACCGAACCUCAUGCUAUCAACAUAGAACAAGAGAAAAAGUCGAAUGAAAUUGAACAUGCACAUGAGGCGGGAGGAAAUACCAAUUCUACCCCUACCCCUACACGUAAUUUCCAAUUUGAGAACCACACAACAGGGGCAAGUGUGCAUGACUGGAGAAGAGCUGCUACAGACAUGAAUGUGUCGUUGAGUGAAGAUUAAAUUAAUGUGUUAAUUAUCUUCAUUUAUCUUAUCAACUGAAUUAAUUAGUUGCGAAUUUUAGGAAAUUUAAGACUUAACUAGGAAUCUUUAUCUUAUUCUUAUGAGAUCAUAGGAAAUAUGUUGUAACUUGUAAUGUUGUUUGUUUGUUUGUUUCCAAGUUUGUUAAUAGUCAAAGGGUCUUCUCACACGUGGC